AUGGCUAAUCGCAGCUCGUUUACCGGGCCCUUCAAAAUCAACGAUUCCGGUGAAAAGGAGUUCAACGUCACCUUGGAGUCGUGGGCCACUACUACCGGACUAACAGUACCCAAUCUCAAGGCUUGGGUCGCCGACACCGUCCUGCCGACUCUACCGGUAUUCCUCGACUGGCAGCGCAUUGCAGGAAACAAGAAUAUCGGCGGUCACACACGCGCUACCGUUGUCACAUCCAUGAGCGAAGAUCUGGGUGUCAUCAAGCAAGCACCGGAGAUUUUCAUCAACAGUGACCAGUUGACAUCCACGACGGUAUGGGCACACACAGCGCUCAUUGUCCGCGGCCAUCUGCAGACGACUGAGGGUUGCAAGAAUGAAAUGACGACAUCAGAAGACUGGAACGGUGGGUGUUUUGACUUCAUCAAAUUUCUCAUCAAGAACAUGGGCGAAGGCCGUGCAUUCAGCAAGGCAAAGAUCGCAAAGGCGGAAGCUGUAAGAUCCAAGUUUGUCAAAGACACCGAAUGGAGCGCGAUCAAGUACAUCGAGGGCAAAUACAUCGUGAAGCCUUCCUCCAGUAGCGCGACAAAAAUCCCCGUCUCAACGAAGCCUCUACCGGUCCAUACCAACCCCACCACGAAGGCUGGUACCCCUGCCGCUCUCACCCCCGGUAAAGCCGCGGCUUCAUCUUCCAAGUCAGAGCAACCUCCACAGAGCAACGCUAGUACUUCUGCUACCCCUGGUCCUAGCAAUACCGUGGCCUCGUCGUCGGCGUCAGGACAAGGUCAAGCUGGGCAGGAAAACGGAGGUGAUGAGGAGGCUCAGCUGCCUGUUCGAGCCAACCCUCCGAGCGUUCUGGCCGCGGACAGUACCCUACGGGUUACCAUAUAUGGUGACGGGUUCGAAGAUGACACAGCCCACACACGAAAAAACGAUUGCACUCUCGCCGUGUUCAAGACAUGGGCUAUCAAAGCUUUCGAACUUCCAGACAAGAAACGGAAGCUCGUUGGGGUCAACGUCCAGCUAGACCCCGCAGACGAAGACGAUAUGGUUGCUGCCACUACGGAAGAAAACUGGAAUUCGCAUAUCCGUACAGCCCGCAACAACUCACCCAAGAGCAACAUCGUCAACAUUCUCUGUACCUCCCAGCUAGUCCAAGGAGUCCGAGCCGCCUGGAUGGACCACAACGACUUUCGGGAUCUCUAUUACAACGGCCACGAGCGCUCGGACCUGUCCGUGGACAGCUCCAGGAAGCCAAACGCGUACCUCCUGUCACCAAAACGCACGCCCGAAGGUGCCUCCCGCCUCAUCGAAUCAGUCCUGGGCAAUAGCCUUCAACACGUGGCCGUCAACAAGACACCAGCAACAAAGGCGACCGCUUCAGACCUCAAUUUCGAGGCCACAAACCCUUUCGACGAUGAGGAAGACAGGUUCGCUGACGUGGUACCGAUGGCCUACGAUGUAGUACAAUCAUGGUUGACUACAUCGAAGCCCCAGUUCGAGGACGUUGCUCGGUCAAAGACAGUCCUGAGAGGGCAGCUCGGAGCGGGCGCCGAGAUCAUCGAGCGCCUUCCGCCAAGGAGGAGUGAGGACCCAUUACAUCCAGGUGAGCAGCGGCCAGGAGACGUCCAUAAACCUCAUCAGGUCUGCGGCCUUCAUUGGUCAAUCCUCAUGGAGUAUCUAUACAAGGCAUUUCUUAAUUGUGACGGCUGCGGUACCGGUAAGACUCAUGAGAUCAUCGCACACAUCGAAGGCGCCACCAUCUUCUGGACCAUACGGGAUCAAGCUCCAACUCAACCAACCCUAAUCGUCUGUCCCCGGACACUGCUCGAAAAAACCUUCCUUGAUAUGAAAGAUCAACUGGGUGUUCAGUGGGACGUAUACAAGUAUGGAUUACCAGCUGGCGCUCGUAAAGAGCGACUUUUGUUUGACCCCAAACACCCUGUAUACAAGUCAGCCCGGGCCGGUCACACGGUCGUCAUAUGUACAUACUCGCAGCUACAGAACCUGAAAGAUGGGGAGAAAGAGAGUGCAGAGCGUGACGGACUCUUCUUGCGCAUCAUCCUGGAUGAAGGACAAUGCAUCCGGAGAUGUGACCAGACCAGGCAGGGCGCCAUCCUGAAGUCCUUCAACGCCACAUACAAAGCUGUGUUCACUGGAUCGCCGGUAAUCGACACUAUCUACGACCUCGAUGGCUAUUUAGCCUUUUUGGAGUUCCCUUUCUGGAGUCAUGUAUCUGAUCUCAACGAGAAACACAGCCUGGAGAUCAGGCGGUCGCGUUACGCCAAGUUCAGGGCAAGCUUGAACAAUGAAUCCGAGCAAACGUCGACAUCCAAGCGAGCGUCGAAAUCCAAGCGAGCGUCAAAGUCCAAGCGAGCGUCUUCGUCCGCGGACGACCAAUGGGAGAGCGAUUGUGAGUCAGUCGAUGGUCUAGACGACCAAGCUAUCAAUGCCAUGAUCGAGGGUGGUUGGAACUGUACACACUGGCCCGCCCUGUUGAAGUACAGCCGCGAUCGACCGUCAAGUCUCGACCGUAAAUCCCGGCAGAAGGUGGAUGGCCGUUCAGUACUGGUAGACAUACCAGCACCUUUCCCAGAGAACCCAUACGACAAUUACCAUCCGGACAAUCUUGAUAGCUUGAAGUGCUGUUCAACAGCAGCCUUCCGUCACUACAUUGGAAGACAUGUCAAGAAAGCCAUCAUGGAUGAGGUGGAUGUCAAAAUCGUCGCCACACGCGUCCACAAGAUCCUUGCCAUGUUAGUUCUAUCAAGAAACCUGUUCAGCCAGGUCAGAGAUGAGAAUGGGGACCAGGUCAGCGUUGCCGGGAAUCUACCUCCAAUCACCAUCUUCACUCAGGAGCUGAGGCUGGCCGCGGACGAGCUUGCUGCGUACCAGGAGCGAGAGGAAGAAUGCGAGCGUCAGUUCGCUCAGAGCCUGGAGGCAGCUGCUGUGGCCAAGCUUGCAAUCAAGAAGGAUGCCAAAGAUGAUAAGACCAAGCUUAGCGUCAACGUUGGCUCCAAAUUCGCCAAGCUUUCCGUCCUCUGCACUCACAUCGGCUUCUCUGGCCUUGAGAGGUUGUCGACCACCUCGAUCCGUGCGCAGCGAUGGGAGGGUCUCCCUCUACUGACUGCUAGGAUGAAGCAGGCGGGCGCCUUGAACCCGGAAGACAAGGACCGUCCGCUCGAUUCAGACGAGGAAGUCUUGCGUCAAUUUUUAUGGGGCUCCCCCAAAAUGCGCUUUAUGGUCUGGGAAAUGCAGCGGGUAAUCUUGGGUAGAACCAAGGUAGCCAGUCACCGCAAAAUCCUGGCCACAUUCCAAUUCCCAAGGUCGGCCGAGAUGUUCCUGAAACUUGUGGAGUUUCUUGGAAUCCGUGCGGUCCUCCUGGACACCAACAUGUCCCCGGACGAGCGUCACAAAAACAUCCGAGCCUUCGACGAGAAGGACUUCCCACAAGUCCUCAUCACCACUUAUGCGCUGAACAUCGCGGGCCACGACGCGCAGCACCGAUGUGCAACCGUACAUCACGUCGAGCCGGCCUUCAAUUGGGCUACAGAGCACCAGGCAGGCACGAGGGUCUACCGGAUAGGUCAAGACCACGAGGUCGAAAUCGUGCGCUUGUUCACCGAAGGAACCUACCAGGAGCUGCAUGAGGCGGGGAUGAUCAAGAAAGCGAACUCCAUGUUUGCCGCUUUUGGUGAGCUGCACUCUGCAAGCGAGAGCCUCGAGAACCGGGAGAAUAUGACAACAGAGGAGAUCGCAAAGGGCGCAUUUGGCAUAGUCCGGGAUCGUGUGCGGGGCCGCGACGACAAAGAUGUGCAAUCAGCCAAGGAGGAUGCCAUCACCAAGGCGAAGGGCAAGGCGAGAGUAGCGUAA